GCCAGCGCGGCGCCGGCGGGCCGGGCGGCGGCGGCGGGGCUUUAUGUGCUCGGGGCAGCGCUCGGCUGAGCGGCGCUCGGGAAAACGCGGCUCAGAGCGCAGCGAGCAGCCGGAAAAUUGCUGUUUGCUGCAUUACAUAAUACAGUUGUCAAGUCAGGAAUAAUUUGGUGAAGAAGAAGAUUUAAUUACAUCAGUGCUCUGAAAUAAUAUUCCGAGUAAAAUUGAAGAUCUUUUGAAGCCACUAAAAAUCUGAUACUUGAAAACAACAAUGACAGACAUAGGAGAUGGAGCACAUCUGGGGAAAGAUCUGGCAGAUGCAAAAUCUAUUCCAGGUUUUAAAGGAAAUUUUGUCUGGUUUCUAUGCAGAAAGAACCUACCUGCUAGCAAGUCUAUGGACUCUGGAAUUCUGCCAGACUACAGUUACAGAAUGGAUUAUCCAGAGAUGGGGGAAUGUGUAAUAAUAAACAAUAAGAACUUCCAUAGAUAUACAGGGAUGUCGCCCCGUUCAGGUACAGAUGCGGAUGCUGCAAGUGUCAGAGAAGUUUUUAUGAAGUUGGGAUAUAAAAUAAAGAUUAACAAUGAUCUUUCAUGUGAGGGCAUUUUUAAUUUAUUGAAAAAUGUUUCUGAAGAAGAUCACAGCAAGCGAAGCAGUUUUGUUUGCGUGUUGCUAAGCCACGGCGACGAAGGAUUGAUCUAUGGUACAGAUGGGCCUCUUGAACUGAAAGCACUGACAAGCCUUUUCAGAGGUGACAGGUGCAGAAGUUUAGCAGGAAAACCCAAGCUCUUUUUCAUUCAGGCUUGUAGAGGGACAGAAUUAGAUUCCGGUAUUGAGACAGACAGUGGAUCAGAAGAAACAAUGUGUCAGAAAAUACCUGUAGAGGCAGACUUCCUGUAUGCCUAUUCUACAGCUCCAGGCUAUUACUCCUGGAGGAAUUCAGCUGAAGGCUCGUGGUUUAUUCAGUCACUGUGUAAAAUGCUGAAGGAACACGCAAGGAAACUUGAACUCAUGCAGAUUUUAACGCGUGUCAAUCGCAGAGUAGCAGAGUAUGAAUCCUGCUCAACUCGACAGGAUUUUAAUGCAAAGAAGCAGAUUCCAUGUAUUGUCUCUAUGCUCACCAAAGAAUUUUAUUUCCCUUCUUAAAAUAUUUUUUCUGCAUUUUUAUCUGCAUUUUAUAUGCAAUAUUAGUUCAAAAUACCACUUUUAAAUCUGAAUAACUGUUCACUACUGUUUGUGGCACAAUGAAGUGUCUCAAAGUUAGAUAUAUGUCUGUUGUUAGAGGUAAAACAUACUAUGUUUGUGUAGAAAUGCAAAAAAGCUGAGUAGCUGAAGCAGAUUUGAAAGCAGUGCUCUGAGUAUUGCAAAAAAUUGGGAAGGGGAGACCGAAGAAAGAUCAAAUUGUUUAUUGGAGAUAUUUGGUGCUACAUUUCACUUUGCUGAAGGGGCAGAGAAAAGAAACAGAGCUUGUAAAUAGUUUGGUUUCAUAUCUUACAAAGAAGAUUAAGAAUGCCAUUGAUGGUAAUAUGAUAGUAGUGUUGUCAUACAUUUCUUCUUAAUUCAAGUUCUUAAAGUUUAGGUUAUAAAUUAACCUAAACUAUUUUUACACUUUUGGGCAUAAACUGUGGAAAAAGGACAUUUCAUAUUUUUGCAUACAAUUACGAAGCAUGUUUAGAGUACAGUCAAUUUUUCCUGAUAAUUUGUGAUAGUUUACUAACUUUGUGUAUGGAAUAUUACACAAAACAAUUAUAUCAACAUGGUGGCUGUUUCAAAAGAAAUUUUGUAUUCUGACCUUGAAGCUGAGUGCCCAAGGGACCAGUCUUCCAAAAUGUCUUUUUCUGCAGCUCCCUAAGGGCAGAGCGGUUGGGGCAUAUUUGGGGCUAUAAGAACCAGGGCAAAAGGAAGUCUGCAUUCUUAACAGUCUGCUUUCCUCUUUUAUGCCUUAAAUAAGAAUGGGUUGGCUCUGUGCGUGGCACAAGAAAUCUGUGUGAAAACCUAGAUUUGUGAUACUGGAGAAAUUUCACUUCAUAAUGCUCAUUCCAUGCUUAACAAAUAGUAAAUUUCUAUCUCGACUCUGAAUUUUGUGAGACAGGCUUUUACAAAAUUGAAAAACAUUUUUGCUGAUAUUUCAACUUGCAUCAGUCUUUAAGAUCUGUGGAAGACAGAAUAUUAAAUUAUUAUAGGUGCUUGUAAAACAAGAUUUGCAACUCUUAAAACUCUGUAGCAAAAACAAUGUUGGCAAAUUGAUAUUCACUUCCACAAAAUGAACAAAGUAUUUUGUACUUGUUUUUUAAAAUUAAAUACUGUUUCCUGGAUUGUA